AUGGACAACAAGGAGAUGAAAAAUAUUCGAGGUAAUAUUUUACGUGAAGCUCACACAACAUCGUACUAUGUUCACCCAGGAGCUACUAAAAUGUAUAGAUAUUUGAAGAUGCAUUAUUGGUGGCAGAACAUGAAAGAUUUCCAAGGCCAAUGGAGCAAAGUUUUGCCUUUGGUGGAAUUUGCAUACAACAACAGUUAUCAGGCUAUAAUUGGAAUGGAUCCUUAUGAAGCAUUAUAUGAUAGAAAAUGUAGAUCUCCAGUUUAUUGGGAUGAGGUUGGAGAAAGGAAACUAUUGAGUCCAAAUAUGAUAGCACCAAUGAAAUUAGUGAUGCAGUUUGGAAAGAAUGGAAAAGUAAGCCCAAAAUAUAUUGGUCCAUUUACUAUUACCGAGAGAAUUGGAAAUGUUGCCUACAAACUUGACCUUCCUACAUCAAUGUCUCAAGUGCACCUUGUGUUUCAUGUGUCCAUGCUAAGAAAAUACAUUGGAAAUCUAUUUCAUGUAUUGAAGAAUGAACCAAUGGAGAUAAAACUAGUCUUGACUUACGAAGAAAAACCUGUAGAGAUCCUUCAACGAGAGAUAAAGCAACUGAGAAGCAAGAAAAUUCCAUUAGUUAAG